AUGGCCAGUGCCACGACUCUAGAAAUCGAAGGUUCUAACGAGGAGAAGAGACAAACCGAUGAGUUCGAGCCUGCGCCAACUACCCACUCCACUACAAAUUAUGGUUUGACAGCUCCCUUAAACGCAGUUUCUGGUCUCUGUUUAACCUGCAAGUAG